AUCUACAGUAGGCGUAUGUGUCAGUUUAUAUGUCUUUUUUAUCUACCUGUUGUAACAACGGCCUUCACAGAUCUUCUGAUACUCCUGACGGUUGUUGGCUAGAGAUUACAAUAGUUCCCACACGUCUGCGGAAAGAUGGUGGGCUUUGGCCAGGUGUUGGUUGUAGCGUUUUUGACGCCCGCAGUCAUUGCGGAUUACCCUUUCCGAAACGCUUCGUUGCCAUGGCAACAGCGCGUGGAGGAUUUGGUGGGUCGUCUGACGUUGGAGGAGAUCCAGAUGCAACUGACGAGCGGACAGGGCCCCGCUCCACCGAUACAGCGUCUCGGCAUACGGCAGUACGUUUGGUUGACCAACUGUGGUCGCGGGGACGUCUUUCAAAAUGCCUCUGGCUUCCCACAAUUUAUUGGUUUGGGCGCUUCCUUCGAUGCUGAUCUCGUCCAGAGCAUCGCUGAGGCGGCCAGUAUCGAAGUUCGUGCUUACUACAACUACUUUAUCAAUCAUAACAUUCCCCUAGACACCCACCGGGGUCUCAGCUGCUUCAGCCCCAACAUGGACCUCUUCCGGGACCCCAGAUGGGGUCGUGGUCAGGAGACGUUUAGCGAAGAUCCCUACCAUGCCGGAGAACUUGGAUUUCGUCACGUGAAAGGUCUCCAUGGAAACAACACGCGGUACUUGCGCAACAGUGCCGGAUGUAAGCAUUUUACCGUUUCCGGUGGACCUGAAAAUAUCCCUGUCUCCAGACAAGUGUUUGAUGCAAAGGUGACGGAAAGAACAUGGAGGACGUACUUCCUGCCGGCGUGGCGUUGUGUGGAGGCUGGAAGUCUCAGUUUGAUUUGUGCUUACAACAGCAUUAACGGCGUUCCAGCGUGUGCUAACAAAAAGCUGCUCACGGAUAUUCUUCGCGGCGAGUGGAACUUCACCGGGUACAUCGCCGCAGACGCCGGCGAGCUGAGAAGAACCAUCACCAUCCAUCACUACUACAACAACACCUUGGACGCCGCCGUGGGCUGUCUGUCUGCAGGCUGUAACCUGGAGGUGGAGGGCUCUAACCAAAGAAUAUACUACUCACUGAUUCCCGCUAUCCAGCAGGGCCGCCUGACGGAGCAGUUUGUCCGGGACAACAUCAAGCCCAUGUUCUACACCCGCCUGCGACUCGGAGAGUUCGACCCUCCUCAAAUGAAUCCUUACAACUCGCUGGACGUUAAGGACGUCGUCCUGAGCUUAUCACACAGACAACUCGCCGUGGAGGCGGCCAUGAAGAGUUUCGUCCUUCUUAAAAACUUACAGGGUGGCCUCCCCUUCACACAAAACUUCCAGAAAAUUUCGGUGGUGGGCCCAAUGGCGAACAAUUCAGCGCAACUUUUUGGAGAUUACACCUCUAAAACAGAUCCUAAAUUUACUAGCAAUCCGCUUCAAGGACUCUCUGGGUUGGCGCCCAAUGUCGCGUUCGCCGCUGGAUGUAAAGACACGUUCUGCACGCGAUAUGACGCUGAUGACGUCAUUGUGGCGGUAUCUGACACUCAGGCGGUCUUCAUAUGUUUAGGAACAGGCCAGGCCAUCGAAGCGGAGGGAAACGACCGUAAGGACAUUGAACUUCCGGGACAACAAUUACAGCUGUUAAAAGACGCUGUGACGUCAACUCCCUUGAACGUACCAAUCGUCCUUCUGCUGUUUAAUGGCGGCCCUCUGGACAUCUCGUGGGCAGUCGAGAGUUCUCGCGUGACCGCUAUCCUUGAGUGUUUCCUGCCCGCCAUGAGCACGGGCGAGGCGCUGAAUGGCGUCAUCAGAGGUUCCGGGCCAUUCUCCGUGCCUGCAGCGAGAUUGCCAUACACAUGGCCAGCUAAUGACGCUCAGAUUCCCAAUAUGACGGACUACUCGAUGAACAACCGGACGUACUGGUAUUUUGAGGGUCAGCCUCUAUUCCCGUUCGGUUAUGGCUUGUCCUAUACGACCUUCAGUUACUCCGAACUGAACAUCCAAGCUUCCGCUAUCCAAGCCGGCAACCCGCUGAACGGUUCUAUCGUGGUGACCAACACGGGAAAAUACGACGCGGACGAGGUAAUGCAGGUAUACAUCUCGUGGCAGAAGCCUAAACAUCCCGCCCCUAGGGUACAGCUGUCAGGGUUCGGCAGAGAACACAUCACCGUCGGGUCCUCCUACACUUUCUCUUUCUCUGUCUCACCCAAGAGCCUGGCCAUAUGGGACGACGACCAGGGAUGGGUAGUUUAUCCAGGUAUGAUGAACGUGUACGUGGGUGGUCAGCAGCCAAACGUCAAGCCAGCUGUCAGCUCAAACGUUCUCUCAGCGGAGUUCCAGAUAAUGGGAACGAAAGUUCUAGGGAAAUACUAACCCAAAGUGUUUGUUAAUAAACAUGUGUACAUAUAUUGAUACUUUAUAAGGAGUUUCGUCUCUGUUUGUCCACCACAAUACAAUUCCUGACAACCGUUACAACGCAAUUUCUUCGAAUCUAGUCUGAUCUAAUCCAUCUUUUAUUGAAUUAACUGGUUCAGUUGUUUAAAAGGUUUUGAAAAGUUAAGCCUGAAAUUUUAAUACCAGUCUGAUUCCAAUACAAAAUCAGAUGGACUUAAGUCUGGGACUAAAGUUAUAUACCGGAUUGAAACUGCUAUAUAUAAUACUUUUGAACAUUUGGGUCCAGGUGGUGAAUCACUCAAGUCUAAUUUACACUCAAAAAAUGAAUCUUAAUUUUAAUAGAAAGUCUAUGGUGUCAAAAUGUAUUAUGUUAUUAUAACGCAAUAUUGUGUCGUAUACGCCAUGUUAUUUUCUUAAUUUAAUAGAAUAUUUGUGUUGAAUUAAUGGAAUGUGUGUGCUGUAUUUAACAGAAUAAUCUGCUGCAAUAUCAGAAUAUUUUCUAGCGUCACUCAGACAACAGACGUUCUGCUAAAUUUAACAGAAUGAACGACACGUUCUUCCUUUAGUACUCUCCUGUGAAGUUAGCUGCCAAAUUACUCAGGGCCCGACUUGUGCAAUUUACUGAACUCAACAAGUUUUGUGAAACAGCCUACAUGCGCAUUUGAGAAGAAUAAAAAAAAGGUGAGAAUCUGCGGUGCAGUAAAGAUUCUGAUAACUAUAUUUCUACUUUCACUUUCGUGAAACCUGAGUCAUGAUGGUUACAUUUCUACUUUCACUUUCGUGAAACCUGAAUCAUGAUGGUUACAUUUCUACUUUUAUUUCCGCCAAUCUUAUCGCUUAUAGCUAUAUACUUCUACUUUCAACAUGAAUAAACAUUGAUAUGAACAUCUGUAUUUUGAUUGGAUGUUGCAAUAUGAUAGAGCAAGAA